AAAUACUCCUAGUCGCUUCAUGCUACGGAAACCGGAGUUAAGCGCCGGCCUGAUGAGCCACCUGGCUUAUAUACAGACUUUACCUUUUUUACGCCAAUAGAUCAGAAGAAAGACCCAAUCAAAAUGCGUGUAAAAUCUAGCUUAUUAUAUGAUAUGAUUAUAACAUUAGAAAUGACGAUCAUGACUGUGACACCGAAACUUUCCCUUUUCACUGUUGGUUUGUGCUUGUUCGUGCCUCAUCAAAUGAUUGCUUUGAUUUAAAAAAACAUAGAAAUAAGUGACGCGUCUUUAAAUCAACCAUCGCGCUCGCCUUCUCCCUCAAGUAAAAAGAAAUAAUUAAAUUAAAAAUUUAAAAAAAAGUUAUUGUUCUGCCGGCUAUACUUAAAUACGAAAGCCGAGGAGGGACUUCCGACUUCCGACUUCCGACUUCUCGUGAUGGAGACUACCUUAACUAGUAGUGCAGUAGGUUUGUAACGCAAGCAAAAUAUGUUCACAUUGUGCUAAAUACUAUGAAUUCAUCCCCGUACAAACUAUGCGAACUAUAAACGUCUUGUGGCAGUACAUGUAGGUUUAUAUGCCUUUAUUGUGUGAAGAAAACUGUGCUUAAAGUAAUUCCUACAACAAAAGACUUAUUCUUUUAUCCUCUGACCCCGGCCUAAGAGUGACUAGCAUCCAAUUUCUCCAUACAAUAUCACCCUUGAAUCAAACGUUAAGGUCACGACAAGUUACGAAAUGUUCACUGACAUAAGAAGAUCUUUAAUAAUAAACAAAUUCUCCCUUUCAGCGCCGUAGGAAAUGUUUGAGAACAUGCAUUCUGAUGUAGUGUUAAGAAGGGGAAUGUUAAAGGUUAAAGGGAAAAUGACAAAGCCGAAGUGAUUAAGUCGAAUAAGAAAAAGGUAAACGUAAGAGAAUGAAAGAUAACCCGUAUGAAUUUAUUAUUACGUCAAAGUAUUUAUAUAGAUGGCAGAUGAUAAUCACCUAGCGGGAGAAAGUUUUCAUGGCAAUAUUUCUAUACUUGUGAUCAUACCAUCACAGUGCCUUAAGUCUUCCUUGAGCUGGCUGACAUAUAUUUUAUUCCGAUGAUGGAACAGUUUAAACCAAAAUAUAAUUUAAUUUAACACGGUUGAGUCAUUGGUUACAUAAAUAUUUGACAUAAUGAGCUUAACUUGUUCAAUGACUUAGAGGAGAAACAUUUGUUACGUUAUCUUUGCGUCAUACCUGCGGUGGAGUGGAGCCUAUUUAACACUGUGCUCAUGCCUUUGGACCAUAUCGAGGCAACCAUAACAGUGUAACCAUACAGUCUGUCAAAAUGGCGGCUUGGCAAAGAAGAUUGCAAAAAGAGUUAAAGGAAAUCAAAACGAAACCACCUCCUGGAAUGCAUCUUGACAGUGAUUCAGUAUCUUCAAAUCUUGCUACGUGGAUAAUUCAUGUAGAAGGGGCUCCAGGGACAUUAUACGAUGGGGAAAAAUUUCAGCUAGAAUUUAAAUUUGGAUCUAAAUAUCCUUUUGAGUCACCCGAGGUAAUAUUUGGAGGGUCAAAUAUCCCUGUCCAUCCUCAUGUUUAUAGUAAUGGACAUAUCUGCUUGUCAAUCCUGACGGAUGACUGGUCUCCUGCUCUCUCAGUGGAAUCCGUCUGUCUCAGUAUUGUCAGUAUGCUAAGUAGUUGUCAAGAAAAGAAACAACCUCCUGAUAAUAACUGGUAUGUUAAAACAUGUCAUAAAAGUCCAAAGAAAACAAGAUGGUGGUAUCAUGAUGAUUCCGUUUGACAUGUCUCCAUUUUAGGUUAAUUUGUAAUUGAUUAGAAAAAGAUGUACUGGUUUCAAAAGGUUUGAGAGGUUAAAGAGCACCUUAGCUGUGUAGAGUGUUACAAAGGCUGACUUCUGUAUUCUGUUGCUUAUAAUAAUAAGUUGAUUUGUGUAAUGUUGAUUGAAAAUAAUUUGUUUAAAGUUUCUGGAAACCAGAUUUAGUUGCAAUAGAUUAUGAUUUAAGACAAUUUUUAAAGGAAUGAUGUAUUGUGUUAUGCUAAUGUUGUUACCUUGAAAAAAUUCAGUUAUGGAGCCUGUAUUUUUUUGGAGAAAGUAAAUGGAGACAGAGAAACCCUUCAUUUUGGCCUCUGCCAGUUGGUAAUGUCAAAAAUGCAUAUUUAACCCAGUGUUGUCAGAAGAAAGCUUAAAGCCCAUUAUUCGUACAAUGAUAUUGUAAAUAGGGUAAAUUUUUUUUAAAAAAAUCCUGGGUACAAGUUUUACUUGAUGCAAAGUAAUGCUUUUAAGAACAUUUAGUUGUUUGUUAAUUGGGGAAUUAGCCUUGUAAAUAAAUGAUUGAUCUGUCAUUGCAAAUAAAAUAUGAUUCAGAAAGUAUGCAUUA